CAGCAGGCGGCUCUCCAGCGCACCAGUGCGCGCAUGACGAGGUAACGCACACCGGUGUCUUUACGCAGCGUCACAAGUUCCCCGCAGUUUUGUUUUUCUCAAUCGAUAUCCUGAUGAACCCACUGAUGCUGUGAGUAGAGGUGACUCAGAUGGACAAAAUGUGCCAGAAUCCUUGAAGACAAACUAAACGCCUUGGAUGAUACCUGAUCUCCUUUGAUUGUUGUUCCUUACACCAGGUGACAUGGCAUAUCUAAGAAGAGGUGAAGAAGCACUGCUGAGGUGUACGUUGCUGUUUCUCUACACGUGUGUCUGCUUGGGCCAGCGUGACUGCACUGGCGUGGACUGUUCCCAGCUGGACAAUUGUAUCGAAGAAAUGCUAGAGAGCGGUGCCUGUUGUGCCUCAUGCUUACAAAAAGGCUGCACAUGCGAGGGUUACCAAUACUAUGAUUGCGUCAAUGCUGGAUUCAAGAACGGUAAAGUGCCUGAGGGAGAUGCUUACUUUGUGGACUACGGCAGCACCGAAUGCUCCUGCCCUGUGGGAGGAGGCCGGAUCAGCUGCAACUUCAUCAGCUGUCCCGACAUGCCGCCAAACUGCAUCGAGGUCUCAGAGCCUGCAGAUGGCUGCAUGCAGUGCGAACGGAUUGGGUGUGUCCAUGGCGGGCAAAAGUACGAGGCUGGACACUCCUUCCACAUUGAACCCUGCCGGGUCUGCCACUGCCCCAACGAAGGUGGGAAGCUGAUGUGCUACCCUGUACCUGACUGUGAUCCAAACAAAGUCCAUAAACCCAUGUUAGCUGCGCCCACAGAGGAGGACACCACCGGCAGGCAUGAAGACUCCUACAAGUUUGACCAACAAGGCCAUACAGAUCAGUUUUCAACACCGUAUCACCUUCUUCCUAAUGGGAAUCUUCCUCUCUUCAAAUCACCGCUGUUUGAUAAGGAGCAGCCCGAAGACUAUGAUUAUGGACCUACAGACCUUCCGCAGCCCUACCUUCAAUCUCUGGUCUUUCCCAGCCAGUCCUCCUCCUCCUCCUCAGACAAGGCCAUAUCAGUGUCUGGAGGCUCUGACACGCCUGAAAGAACCCUUGCCUCUCAGAGUUUUGACAGACAAAGCAAGCUGGAGCUCAGAGAGCAAUAUGGGGUCCAUGACCACCCUGCAGACGAAGUGGAAGUGACAGAAAAUCCCCAGAGAGAACAGCAGAGCACAGUCAGGCCACAUAUGCACGAAGAUGCCACUAUUUCUUGGCAGCCCUCACAGGGACUGACAAGUGCACAGAGUGUUUCUUUGAGUGAUCAGAGUCCACAGACACAUUCAAACAAUCCAAUGCACACGGACAGGAGUUUGGAGGGUGUCAUAUUCCCGUUAAAGCAAGGUUUAGGGGGUGUAAAAGAGCCAGAUGAUCCACAUAUUAGUUCAGAAAGUCUAGUGCAUAAUCAAAGAAGCUCAGGAACCAAAACACAUCACCAAAAUCCGUUAGACAGCGCCAUGCCCAAAGGUUCAAACAGUCACAUCAAUGUUAGUCAUCCAGCCAGAGGUACAGAGAGUCAAACUAAUCAGCAGAAACAAUCAGAUAGAGUGAGUUUUCCUAUGUACACACUUACAGGUCCAGAGAGCCCAACCCCUCCUCAGGCCAGUUCAAAUGAGCAAAAAGAAUUACAGGGGACAGAUGAAUCAGCCACUGAGGAAGUGUUUGAUGCAGGCGAGAUGGAAGAAACAGUAACUUUUCAGAGGGUCGCUGAGUCUGAAGGAAAGGAUGUGCCCUACAAGACGAAGUCAGCACAAGAGGAGAAAAGCCACGAGGAGUCAGAGGGCAGCGACCCAACCAGCAGCUACGAAAAGACCACACCCGAGCCCAGCACCAUCUCCCCUAGAGGGCCCAAGUACCACACAACCCCCAUGGUCCGUUUUCCCACAACCACCACCACGCAGCUGUCAGUAAAGGUUAAUGUGCAAGAGGGUCAGCCCAGCAGAGAGCCAGGUCCAAGGCUGUUUGACCUUCACAGUGAGGACAGAGAGGAGGUGACGGAGAAAGAGGAGGGGGAGAGAGAGCGGCCUGUUUCACUCAACAAACCUGAUGAAGGUCCAGGUGUUUCUGCCGAGGACCUGCUGCAGAGCUGCUGUGCUGCUGGCCAGAGAUGGUUCACUGAAAACCACAACUGCAACCACGUGCCUCUGCUGACCAAUGACAAGCACUCGAUGUGCAGUGUUGUACAGAAGCACUGCUGCCUCAGCUCAGUGAAGGAGAGCCAGUGUGAAUCAGGUAUGAGUUCAGCCAGAGGAGGGGACACCUGUGACGUGGACGAGGAGGAUCGGUGCUCAGACGACUCCUACCAGGUGUGCUGCAGCUGCUGUGCCCUUGGCUUACGGGUGCGCAGCGAAGGACGGGGCUGCGAUGCCCACCAGUACCUGGGCUACCCGUGUGAUCACGUCUUCCUCACCUGCUGCGAGGAGGAGGAAGGUCCCAGCCAGAUGGCACUGAGGAGAAAGCAGAAACCCAGGCCGACACCAUUGCCAAGAAAAGUCUCAGACUCCAAGUACCCCAAGGAGGCCUUCUCCAUCAGUGCCAUUGAUGAAGCUGCCAACGUGGUGGAGGAGCAAGAGGAUGUGGAUGAGUGUCAGCUGUAUUCAGGCCAGCUGUGCCAGCACAAAUGCACCAACGUAUGGGGCUCCUACCGCUGUGAUUGCCACCAGGGCUACAUCCUGCAGCAAGACCGACACUCCUGUGCACCAGUGAGUCCUGACGAGGACAACAUAGUCAGAGAGGACGGUCCUGCUGUGGUCCCAACACAAACCUCUACUUCCAGUGCAACCACCAGCAGCCCUGUCCGCCCCAAUCCUUGCGCAGAAAAUGGUCCUUGCAGUCAGCAGUGUAUGUCGGUGGCAGGCCAGGCCCGCUGCUCCUGCUUCCCAGGCUUCUCACUGAUGGCAGAUGGUCGCAUGUGUCAAGAUGUGGACGAGUGCGUGACCAACACCCACAGUUGCCGGCCCAGUGAGCGCUGCGUGAACACAGUGGGUUCAUUUGUAUGCGAGCUGCAGGUCACUUGUCCUGCAGGCUACCAGCUGAGGAACAGUGUUUGCGAGGACGUGGACGAAUGUGUGCUACGGACCCAUAACUGUGGUGCGGGCUCCGUGUGCGAGAACACAGCGGGCUCUUUCCUGUGUAAUCCCAAACACAAGUGCAUCAGCGGCUUCACACAGGACUCUCAUGGAAACUGUAUUGACAUAAAUGAGUGCAGCAGCCUGAGUGAGCCGUGCAGCUCGGGCUUCAACUGCAUCAACACAGUGGGCUCCUACACGUGCCAGCAGAAGAUCGUCAAGUGCAGCCACGGAUACCAGGCCAGCCCCGAUGGAGCCAAGUGUGUCGACACAGAUGAGUGUCAGAUGGGGACGCACCGCUGUGGAGUGGGCCAGAUCUGUCACAACCUCCCUGGCAGCUACCGCUGUGACUGUCAGACGGGCUACCAGUAUGAUGCCCUCCGCAAAGUCUGCACAGACGUGAAUGAGUGCUGGCGCUAUCCCGGCAGGCUGUGUGCCCAGACCUGUGAAAACACCCCGGGCUCCUACCACUGCUCAUGCACCGCUGGCUUCUCCCUAGCAUUCGAUGGCAAGAACUGUGAAGAUGUGAAUGAAUGUGACAAGAAUCCCUGUAGCCAGGAGUGCGCCAACAUCUACGGCUCUUAUCAGUGCUACUGUCGCCAGGGCUACCACCUGAAAGAGGACGGACACACCUGCGAAGACAUUGAUGAGUGCGCUCAGAGCAUUGGGAACCUCUGUUCCUUCCAGUGUGUGAAUGUUGCGGGCAGUUAUCAGUGUUCCUGUCCUCCCCAUGGAUACACCAUGUCGGCCAACGGACGCACCUGCAAAGAUAUUGAUGAAUGCACAACUAACACCCACAACUGUUCAUAUGAGCAGACCUGCUACAACCUGCAAGGCGGCUUCAGAUGUCUCUCCUUCACCUGCCCUCAGAACUACAAGAAGGUGUCCGACACACGCUGUGAGCGGACCAGCUGCCCCAGCAACUCUCUGGACUGUCAGAACGCUCCGGUGCGGAUCACGUACUACCAGCUCAGCUUCCAGACCAACAUCAUCAUCCCAGCCCAGAUCUUCCGCAUCGGGCCCUCGCCGGCCUACUCGGGCGACCAAAUCGUCAUCGGCAUCGCCAAGGGCAACGAGGAGGGUUACUUCAGCACCAGGAAGCUUAACAGCUUCAUGGGCGCCGUCUACCUGCAGAGGCAAGUGCGCAGGCCCAGGGACUUCCUAAUAGACGUGGAGAUGAAGCUGUUGAGGCAGGGGAAGCUCACCUCCUUCAUCGCCAGGAUAUAUGUCUUCAUCACAACCAGCACUAUGUAACACCAAUAUGAGAAAGAGACGAUUUCGUAUGGUGCUAAUUGUUCUUUCUUUUUCGCGUGUUUGGACUCUAUUCGGGAUGCCUCCUCAUAUUCACACUUAUUCAAGUAUCUUGUUAAAAACUGGUUUUCUGCAGACAUUCUAUGACAAUCAUAUUUACUGAUAAACCAAAGUAUUUUCCAUGUAAUUUAGCUUGUAUGCACCAUUGUUGUUAGGGUAUGCUCGAGCUGUUUUGUUCAUGCGGACAGUGGCAAGGUUCUGCACAGGUCACUGCACAAGUCUGCGUUGGUGGUUCGUGCUUCGCUCCACGCUCUAAAACUCUGGCUCUCUGACGCCCCCUUGUAAAUGUUAGUUUUCGUCACAAGUAUUCCUGAAAGUCUGGAGAUACAAGUAAACCUCCUGCAGCACUAGAAGUUAAGGGCACUUGUGCACGGUGUGCGCCCGAGACUGACACAAUGUACUGAAAAGUAUCCCACAAAUCUGAUAAAUUUAAGAAUUAUCAUGAAAUAUAUAGAUUAAGUGUGUAUGUAAUAAGUUCCAAUUUACUUAGAAUUAAAUAAAUACAAUUUCAAAUAAUACCUUUUACCUUAUGAUCAGAGAUGAAAGGAAAAUGACACACCACUAACAGUGUUAAUUCAUAAUGUAUUCAUAUAUACUUUUGAUUUACUUUUGUCAGUUUUGAGCCUCAGCAGUCACCGGACACUAUUUUAAUGUGGUUAUGGAAAAAUGUAGCCGAGCCUUUAAAUAGAACAUUUUCUUCCUUUUUUGGUGUAUUUUUAUUUUAUUUUUUAUUUUCUAAGAUGUGACCUGAUGGAGUCACACUAGACAACAAAAUGUCCGCACUGAGAAUGUAAACGCAGUGUUACAGAUGAUCCUCGUAUUGUUACGUGUUAUAUUCUUGACUUUAUUACUGGACAUAACGUAUCUUUCUAUGUAACUGUGUUUGUAAUUAUCUCAGGGUAAAAAUCAUGCAAUUUUGUAUACGCCAGACUAAUUCCUACGUCGUGUGCAGGAAUGAACUCAGCUGUUGUAACUCCAGACUGGCCUCACGCAACGCAUGUGCAGUCUCAGCUGCCACAUGACAUCUAUAUCCAUAAACCAAUCAAUAAAUGUUGAUCAAAGUGU